CGAGUCUGACUUCAGAACCCAUGCUUUCAACUAGUACAUUAAUCUACUUCCUAUGUGUUGGUUUUCUUACCUUAUUUCUGUUCCCUCUUCUUCCUUUUCAUGCACUAUAGUGGUAUUUUCAACACUGGACUUGGAGUAUUCCCUGACCUGACCAAAGUUUAUUCCACUGAUGUAUUCUUUAUACUUGAAAUCACAGACAACCCUUACAUGACUUCCAUCCCUGCCAAUGCUUUCCAGGGGCUGUGCAAUGAAACCCUGACACUGAAAUUAUACAACAAUGGAUUUACUUCAAUCCAAGGACAUGCUUUCAAUGGGACAAAGCUGGAUGCUGUGUAAGUCGAGAGUAGCCAUGGACAUCACUAUCUUCCUCCAUAAUCCCAACCCC